AUGACCAGCAUCAUCACAGACUUUGCCAAACAGCUGCGGAAAUCAGCCCCACCUCCGAGCUCUUGGGUCGUGGAUCCCUAUGACUUGAACGAUCUGCAAUACGUCGGAAGCGGCGCUCAGGGAAAAGUGUUCUCCGGGCAUUACCGACGGAGGAGAAUCGCCUUCAAAAUGGUGCCCAGCCUCGACCAAAGUAGAUUCGAACACAUCAAGGAUCUGCAUCAUCAGAACCUCGUACGUUUCCACGGUGUCUGCCUUGCGGCACCGAAUGUCGGCUUUGUGAUGGAUUUCUGUUCGAAGGGAACUCUGCACAGCGAAAUCUACCAGAAACUACCGAUAGAAUCGCAUACCGUGUCUCGCUGGGCUCUGGAAAUCGCAACAGGCAUGUCCUAUCUACACGAAAGAGGAAUCGUCCACAGAGAUUUGAAACCCCUGAACAUUCUCUUGCACGGUGCGGCCAAGACUGCGAAGAUCGCUGACUUUGACUUGAGCCUGAAAUUAGGAUCAGAUCGUACGAGCUUUUCCGGCUCCGGAAGCAUAGCCUAUAUGUCUCCCGAGGUUCACUUGCGCCGAGAAGUGACAUUUCGUGCCGAUGUUUGGUCGUACGGAGUAGUGCUCUGGGAAACGCUCGUCAGACAAAGGCCCUAUGGCGACCUGAACUCAUGGGCGGUGAUUUCGGUAGUGGCGAAAACACCUUAA